UCCAUCCGCAAGAGCCCUAAGUUCUCAAGGUAUGCGCUUGGCUCCUGGAAUGUAGGCGGCAAGAAGAAAAUGUCACAGCUCUCGGGUAAGAAGGAGGUCGCUGGCGCCUUGGAUGCUGCUGCCGCCGGAGCCAAGAAGCCGAAAUUGGACGCCGAUGGCGGUGGAUUCCUAGGCGAGGGAUUGAGAUCGUCGAUCGGUGUGAAUCCCAGGAGAGUGCGCGUGUUAAGGCAAGGGGAUGAAUCUCACAGCGGUCCUGUGGUGUAUUGGAUGUCGAGGGAUCAGCGAUCCAGGGAUAACUGGGCUUUGCUCUACGCGGCCGAGCAGGCCAGGAAGAGAGAUACCCCAGUGGCCGUGGUGUUUAAUUUGGUGGAGAGCUUUCUGGAAGCCAAAGCCCGGCAUUUUGGAUUUCUUCUUCGGGGCCUGCGCGUUGUGGAGAAGAACCUCGACAAGCUUGGCAUCGCUUUUUUCUUGCUACGGGGUCGACCAGAAGACACGAUUCCCUCAUUUGUCGAGGCAUGCAACGCGUCCAUCCUCGUACUUGAUUUUUCUUCUCUGAGGAUUGGUCGAACCUGGAGAACUGGUGUUGUAAGCAGACUCGGGGCAGACACUACCACCGCCGUCCACGAGGUAGAUGCUCAUAAUGUUGUUCCCGUUUGGAUUGCCUCGGACAAACUGGAAUACGCUGCUCGUACUAUCAGAUUGAAAAUCCAGAGGCAGCUUCCAGAGUUUUUGGUGGACUUUCCAACGCUCGAGCCUUUCUCAAAGCCUUGGCCUGGGGUGGCACAAGAGAAGAUCGAUUGGGAUUCUCUUAUAGAUGAAGUUCUAAGAGCUGGUGACGAAGUUCCUGAAGUCGACUGGUGUGAACCAGGCGAAGAUAUAGCUCUUGAACGGUUAGCGGUUUUUUUGUCCUCUAGACUUCAACGUUACAGCGCUGAGAGAAAUGACCCGUCCAAACUUGAACGUUUAUCAGACCUCUCCCCUUACUUUCACUACGGCCAGCUUUCUCCUCAACGCUGCGCAUUUGAGGUUCGAAAAGCUCGUAAGCUACAUAUGCAGUCUGUGGAUUCGUUUCUGGAGGAACUAAUAAUCAGGCGGGAGCUGUCUGACAAUUUUUGCUACUAUCAACCGAAUUAUGACAACAUCCAGGGAGCGUGGGAAUGGGCCCGGAACUCCUUGCUUGAGCAUGCGAAUGAUAAAAGAGAACAUAUCUACACGAGGCAGCAGCUUGAAGAUGGGAAGACAAAAGAUAAAGUAAGGGACUUGAAUUCAAUGAACAGGCUACUAGUUUCUUUCUUUGAUUUUUUUUCUGAACAGCUAUGGAACGCUUCCCAGCUAGAGAUGGUUCAUCGUGGGAAAAUGCACGGUUUUAUGCGUAUGUACUGGGCGAAGAAGAUACUGGAGUGGACGGAAAGUCCCGAGGACGCUUUGGCCAUUGCGAUUUACUUCAACGACAAGUAUCAAUUGGAUGGAAGAGAUCCAAAUGGCUACGUUGGUUGUAUGUGGUCCAUAUGUGGCAUUCAUGACCAGGGCUGGAAAGAGAGGCCAAUAUUUGGCAAGAUACGUUACAUGAACUACGAAGGCUGCAAGCGUAAGUUCAAUGUGGAUGGAUACAUUAUGUACGUGAACAAGCUUGUCGCCGAGGUGAAGAAGCGUCGAAAGAGGUGAUGUAGUAGCCUUAUCCUAUGUUUUCUAGCUUGUAAGAUCGAGUUCUUGUUCCUUCAGCCAGGAGAGAACUUUAGAAUGUUAACUUGGAUCCGAGUCCAAGCA